AUGAUCGCUCGCAACGCAAGACCUAAGCUUUCACUGUGCACCUCCGCUGCGCAAAAUACUUCUCGUCAGCCUCUGUCCCUCAAGUCCCCCAGCGCCAUACCGCGCACUCCGAUUUCCCCUGCGAGCCCGAGUGCAAAGCGGUUCUCGUCUUUCCAAGUACCAAGCUACGCCUACAACAACUCGUGCUCGUCCAAGAGUAUCCUCAAGAAACAUUCGGGCGCCUCGAGUCACGCAGAAAAGCGGAUUCAGUUCAAGGGCACUCCCACUGUCCACUGUGUCACGCCCAUCGAGAAUCCCGAGGAAUACUAUGGCACUUACACCAAGUUGUCGCGCGAGGAGCGACGUUGGACGAUCGGCGGGAUGCUGGGCCAGGAAUCCGAAGAGCCUUUUUAUGCGCCACGGUUUCUGUGCCCUCCCCGCUCCGACUCGGUUGUGAUAAGUCGAUCCGGCAUCUGGAGCGCAACGACAAUUCGGGGUAUGUCUGGCGGCGCGGGGCAUUGGAUGUCCUUGAGCGCAGCGGAAACACUGAGAUAA